UAUCUUGGGCAAUAGAAUGGUUUACAUAUGGUAUAGUGACUUUUAGAUAUCAGGUUUACCAUACCACAUAAACAUGUUGGAACUCUCAAACUAGUAAUAAGCAUGGCGGCCGGUCCUAUAGCCGAACGUAAUCAAGAUGCUACAAUAUACGUUGGUGGUUUGGAUGACAAAGUUACAGAGUCCCUUAUGUGGGAACUGUUUGUCCAAUCAGGACCAGUGGUCAAUGUCCACAUGCCUAAAGACAGGGUGACUCAGAUGCAUCAAGGUUAUGGAUUUGUAGAGUUUAUGGGAGAAGAGGAUGCAGACUAUGCGAUCAAGAUAAUGAAUAUGAUCAAAUUAUAUGGGAAACCUAUAAGAGUAAACAAAGCAAGUGCUCAUCAGAAGAACCUAGAUGUUGGAGCUAAUAUUUUUAUUGGAAAUCUUGAUCCUGAAGUUGAUGAGAAGCUACUGUAUGAUACCUUCAGUGCAUUUGGAGUUAUACUACAGACACCAAAGAUAAUGAGAGAUCCAGAAACAGGAAAUUCAAAAGGAUUUGCGUUCAUAAACUUCGCCUCGUUCGACGCAUCCGAUGCCAGUAUAGAAGCCAUGAAUGGCCAAUACUUGUGUAACAGACCGAUUUCCGUAUCCUAUGCCUUCAAACGCGACGCCAAAGGAGAAAGACACGGCAGUGCAGCAGAACGAUUAUUAGCUGCUCAGAAUCCGCUAAGUCAAGCGGACAGACCUCAUCAACUGUUCGCAGACGCUCCUCCAUUAGCGCCACCACCUAUUCCUAAUUCGAGUGCAGCGACUCAUCAAACAACUCAUCAUCCUCAGCAUCAUGUGAUGCAUCACGGUAUGGUGGUACCACCUCCGCCACCCCCGUCAACCCCAGGACCACCGAUGGGUCACCCACCACCACCUCCCGUCCCACCUCCGCCAUCCAGUGGUUUUCCUCCGGCAAGUAUCCCUCCGCCUCCGUUGCCUCCAAUGUCAAUGGCAACGCAUCCUCCUUUACCACCUGGUAUGCCACCUCCGUUACCACCGAUGCCUGUCCCUACGUCACAAGCACAACAAACGACGCCAAGAAUGAUGGCGCCACCACCACCUCAUUGGGGCGUCAGCGGACCACCUCAAGGACAGUUCCCUCCACCUCCGCCUCCUUCUUCUACCGGAGCACCUCCGCCCCCGCAAUUUGGGCAAUUUCAACCUCCACCACCGAGACCACCACCUACUUGGAGGCAUCCACCACCUCCUCCGGUGUCUCAAGGUGGCCCGCCACCGCCUCCACCUCCGCAAUUCCGACCACCUUUCCCACCGAGAGGUCCACCUCCACCCCCACCGCCGCAUGAUUCGAAUCAAUAUUAAUUUUACCUCUUUAUUUAUCAUUCCGACCAGUUCGACCACUCGAAACUGUACGAUACUUUCAUUCUGUCUGCUGUAUCGUUUCACCUAGCUAAAAUAUCUACUGUACAAAUUUGUAUUUUAUCGAAAAGUUUAAUAAUAAAUUUCUUAAUCUA